GUGUAGACCAUUUAUCAAGUGUGAGUCAUGAGGCAUUUGAUCAAGCCGACAGAGAUUACCGGCGACUUUGUAGUUUGCGAAUAAAAAAAUAUAGAGUGCGAGUUUUAACAGAGUUGACUCUGGUUUUAAACGUGCACGUGGUGCGUGCACUUGCAGAAAAACAUAAUUGUCCUAAGAAUAUAUAGAAUUAUACCCUCCAAAUGAAUGUUGUCCUUGGAAAAAUUCAGAUCAGCAACUCUUCUCAAUGUAACAGUCAUAUUGUAUUAUAACCUGUACAUAACCAUACAAAUUUAGCUUCUAAUUGGAAAUUAAUGUUUAAUUAUAUUUUAUGGGCGAUGUCACAGCACAAUUAAGUAUCCAGAAUUUAAAAAAUGAGAUUCAAAAAAUAACUUAAACUGGUAAGGUUGUCGAACAGUACUUACGCUGCGCAUUGAUGUUAAUGGUCUGUGAUAUCUGUCCUCGCAUAAAACUCGAUUCAAGAAUGGUUGUCACCCCUUGUCCAUGAUGUCAGUAAAGAAAAAUCUAUAUCUGCAGAUUGCAUGAAUGACGAUACUCAAGUUCCGUCUGCUGGAAAUGAUAUGACACUACUAGUUACACUAAUCUGCCUGUAAUUAUCUAUGUACUCAUCCGGUGAUGUAAUUAUGCCCGAGAGCGCUUUGAUACGACCACUAGAAAUGCAGGAGCAAGAUGGUAUCAAAGAAGGCAGUAUCGAGUGCGACUUGCAAGGAGAGAACAUGGAAUAUGAUGCUCUUAUAUCACACCCUUUCAAAAGUCUGAAAGAGAUAUAUGCAAACCUUGGAAAUUUAAAGCUUUGGCCAGAAUUGGCAGAUCUACGUGAGUCAGCAGAAUAUGUUUUCUGUGGUGACCAGGCUGAUGUUCGAACUGGAAAAUUAAGAAAAAUUAAUAGAGAUGAGUGUCCUAAGACGAUUGUGUGUCAUGAUAUGAAAGGUGGAUACCUCGAAGACAGAUUCAUCGAAGGCUCAACUAUUCAUGACUCUUAUUUAUUUUAUCACUGGAGCGUCAUCGAUACUUUUAUAUACUUUAGUCAUUAUCUUGUCACUAUACCUCCUUACGGCUGGAUCAAUGCAGCGCAUAAACAUGGUGUCAAAGUGCUAGGCACUGUAAUUACAGAGAGAGUAGAGGGUGAACAAAUUUGGAACGAUAUCCUGAUAAGUAAGAAUGAAACCAAAAAAUUUGCCGAUGCCCUUGUCCACAUUGCUAAAUUCUACAAGUUCGAGGGAUGGUUGUUAAACAUUGAAAAUAAGAUAAAAGAAACUGACAUGGAGAAAUUGAUUUAUUUUGUCAAAUAUCUAACCGAUAGCAUGCACCAAGAGAUUGAGGAAUCGGAAGUACUUUGGUACGACAGUGUUACUAAAACUGGACAACUCAGGUGGCAGAAUGAGCUCAACGAUGAAAAUUACAUCUUCUUUUCGUGCUGUGAUGGUAUCUUUUUAAACUACAACUGGACCGACGAGGGCCUAUCAAAGAGCCGCAAACUGGCCAGUGAUGUGGAUAGGAUAAGAGACGUUUACGUAGGUCUCGAUGUCUGGGGCAGGGGAUGUCCAGGUGGUGGUGGGUUCAAUUCUGCCUAUGCACUAGAUAGAAUCCGAAGACAAGACCUUUCCGUCGCCAUAUUUGCACCAGGCUGGACCCACGAGUUCUUCGGUGCACAUGUUUUCGAUACAACAGAAAGUAUUUUCUGGGCCCAACUGAUACCUUAUCUCUACAUACAUGUUCCGAUCUAUGACAACGAGGUUUUCGCGACCUCCUUCUGUCGAGGAGCUGGUCAAAAGUAUUUUCGCUCUGGCAAGGCAAAACUGAAGGAGCUGCCCUUCGACGAGACACCUUCGACAAGUUCGUUCUAUAACUUGACCAUGCAGAGACCACAGAUUUCGUUGCCAGCAUUACACCUGCGCUUCACUGAAACGAAAACACGACCUGUCCAAGUCUCACCUACGAGAACGUUGACCGAAUCAACUCACGAGACUGCCCGAAGCAUCAUUAAGGUUCUCGGUACCACAGUGCUCGUUGAACCGAAACCACAGAGCAAUCACGCCAAUUACUAUGAAUUCUGCAAGGAUCUCUCCUACUACGGUGGAGGCUGUUUAAAAUUGAUCACGGAAGAUCCGGAGGUGUACCACAGGCUGUUCUUGGUGCACGUCGAUUUCAUGCGAGAGAUCCAAGUUACGGUGGUCCAUCGAGAAAUCGAGAAAGAGAAUGCCGAACGGCAGUCCGGGACUUCCGGGGGCCUCGGAUUGAUUCUGGGUAACGAUUUCGGGUUAAAAUCCAUCCUUCCGGUGGAAUCCGUAGAUUUGGAACUAAAGUGGCAAAAGAGUGUAUACCUGACCGACAUGAGAACCGUAAACGAGAUCGGGUUGUGCAUGAAGAGGAAAGGAAGCUGCUAUCUCGGUGAGAUCGUCCUCGAGGAGAAGCAACGUCGGUUCGGAGUCGUCCUGGUCGUCUUUGGGGUCCUCGUGCUGGUCCAUGGCGCCUCCUUGGGAGGAUCCGGAGCUGGACUCUGGGCAGGGGCAGGGGCGCUGGUCGCAGGAGCACUAGGGGUUGUGGCCGCACUUGCCACGUCCUCCGAUAAGCCGGAAAUGGGCCAGAAUCAGCGCACUUCCGGUUUCUCCACGGCUCAUUUGGCCUCCUCUUUGGUGGCCUUGGCCCUGUCCAACAUGGCCGCCAUUACAGCCCUUACGGCCGUCGUCAGGGACUCCCAGAGGAAUCCCGAAUUGACUCUCCUCGCCGUCCCGGAGGACGAUGGAAGAGUCAUCGAGGUCGAGGGAGGAUGGGCGGGUUUGUUGGCCAGCGUUGGUCUCCUCGUCGCCAGCGUCGCGGAACUCCUGGUGUCGGCUUACACCUGCGUCACCCUGACACCCAAGCUCUGCAGGUGUCUCAGAUCCGGCGAGGAGGGCGCCCCGGAAGAGACCGGCCUGAAGACUCACAACAUGGUCCACCAGUGGGUCAUCGCCCAGAGCCACGUGCCGAAGAACCAGCCCAUUUACGUGGUCCAGCCCGUGGUACCUGUGCAUCCGAUCAUGCAGGGACCCUAUGGAAUGCCGCCACCGCCUGGGAAGUAUCCACCUGGAUUCUUGCCUGCUGGAACCCUUCCACUACCCGGGGCUGGCUUCAAAGUACCCAUGGUGGCCCAUCCUCAGUAUGGAACUCGACCACCGUCGCAGAUGGUGAGGCCCAAGCACAGGCGCCACUCUUCCGAGGACCUCGUGGACUCGGCGGAGAGAAGACGUCACCACGAAGGCAAGCAGGAAUCUCCUAAAAGGAUGUCGUCCAUUGGCGAGGACCAGGUCGACCUGGCGCAGACGUAUACCGGCUUGGAUAAGAAGAUCUCCGAGGAGUUCAUCUCCAUCGCGAUGGACCCCGAGAGGAAGUCCAAAGCCUCUAGCCACCACGGCAGCGAGGUCGGCUCCGCUGUGGGCGGGAAGUCUCCUUGAAGUCAUUUUUCGUCGUUCUCCACGUCAAGGGUGGAUAACCCCGCUCGAAAUAACCCUUCCUGUGCCUUCUCCGAAUCUUUUAAAGUUUAAGUCGUUUGCAGGAACGCUCCAAAGUGGACCCGUUGGCGUUGCCGAAGGGCAACCUCGAGGUAUCCCGUUAAGGCUGAUGUUAUUUAACUCGUAUGGGGGUAUUUGUUAAGUUUUGAGGAAUUUUGAAACUUAAUGUCAGAGAUCCCAGCAAAUAUUUGUAACAUUUAUAGUUUAGCAGUUAUGCAUUUCUUAUGUUGGUAUUUUAGGGGAACAAUAUUGUUGCUCCUCGAUGCUCUACCAUUUUGUUAUUAGAACCGGUGUUGAAAUGGGAUCGAAGCAAUCCCAAACAUAUCCGAAACUUCUUGUGCUGUACAGUAGUAUAUAUUAUUCAAGGCACGACACGGACUCGGGUCCUAUGUAUAAACUUUUUACGAUUGUAUAUAUGCAUACUCGUACAAGGACUUAUAUUGUUAAUAAAUAAGAAAGAGUCGGAGCAUGUGCUCGAUGACUGACAUCUGGGAGCACAAUGUA